AUGCAGCCCCAGGAGAGCAGCAUCCAGUACAGUAGGUGGGAGGACAGCAGCCGGGAUGAAGUCAGCGUGGCCAGCGGGCCCGGCGCACAGGAGGCCUCGGGCUGUAAGAGGGUCUCCCGGAAGCUGUGCUCGGGCAAGCUGGGCAUCUCCUUGAAGGUGCUGGGUGGAGUGGCCCUCUUCUGGGUCGUGUUCACCCUGGGCUACACCACCGGCUACUUCGUGCACAAGUGCAAAUGA